AUGGCCACCCCCGUGGGCCGCCUCUGCCACAUCUCCUUGCACGUCCCCCGCGGCCAGCCCCUGGCCGGAGACCUGGAACGUUGCUUCGGCUUCCGGCCGGUAGCAGUGCGCGAAGCCGGCGGCUGGCGCCAGCUGGCCCUGCGCAGCGGAGACGCAGUGUUCCUGGUGAACGAGCGCGCGCCGGGCUCGGCGGGCAGCCGCGAGGGGCCCCUCUACGACGUGGACCCCGCGCACGCCGUGCCCACCGCCUCCAACGUGUGCUAUGAGGUGGCCGACGUGCGGGGCGCCGUCAGGGCGUUGCGGGAGCUCGGCUGCGCUGUGGCCGUGCCGCCCCAGGCCGUGGCUGAUGCCCAGGGCACCGUCACCUACGCGGUGGUGCGCUCCCCAGUCGGCAACCUGAGCCACACGUUGCUGGAGCGGGGCGCUUACCAGGGGCCCUUCCUGCCGGGCUUCCAGGAGUGCGGCAGCCCCGACGGCCACGGCCAAGGCGGCUGGUUCAGCCACGUGGAUCACGUAGCGCUGGCCUGCCCGCGGGGCAGCGUGGGCGCGUGGCUGCGCUGGUAUCAGGAGUGCUUGGGUUUCCGACGCUUCACUCUGGGCCCGGCGGAUGACCAUCCUGAGCAGGGCUUGGAGAUUCGGGCUGGCCGGGCCGGGGGCCUGCGGCUGGCCGCCCUCCAGGCGCCCCCAGGCAGCGCGGCCCCUAUGCUGGUGCUGAGCGAAUCGCUACCUGGCCUGCCGGGGGCCCAGGACCAGAUAGAGCUCUUCCUGGCCCAGCAUGGGGGCCCGGGCCUGCAGCACGUGGCCCUCUAUACUGGGAACAUCGUGGCGUCAGCCCGUCGGGUGGCUGAGGCCAGCGGCAACCUGGUGGUCCCUCCUGCCACUUACUACAAGCAAGCAGGCAAAGUGGACCAAAUUUUGGCCGCGGGCCAAGAGGUGGGGAAGCUGGCGGAGCUGGGCAUCCUACUGGACAGGGAUGGAAGGCAAGACAAGGGUACCAAUUACCUGUUGCAAGUCUUCACCAAGCCCCUCUUUUCCGAGGAGACCUUCUUCUUGGAGAUGAUCCAGAGGCAGGGGGCCACGGGCUUCGGCCAAGGCAACAUCCAGGCCUUGUGGGAGGCCAUGGAGGAGUAUGUGGCCACUUUCCAGAGGGCUGGCGAGCCCCGCUGA